AUGUUAAAUCUUAGAAACCUCAUUUGGAUUAGAAGAUUCUCAUCAGUUAACUCUUAUGCCCUACGCACUCACACUUGUGGGGAACUAUCAUUAAAGAAUGAAGGAGAAAAGGUGAAGCUUAUGGGCUGGCUGGCCUAUAAGCGUAUGAACAAGUUUCUUGUUUUACGGGAUUCUUAUGGCAUGGUUCAGGUCACAGUUCCUGCCAACCAGUAUGAAGAUCUCCCUUACGAAUCUGUAGUACAAGUAGAGGGCAUAGUUAGGAGUAGAGGUGACCAUGCAAAUCCAAACAUGAAAACUGGGGAAAUUGAGGUCGAUGCACUGAACAUGGAAGUUUUGAAUAGAAGUGAAUCAAACCUCCCACUGCUGCCAAAUGAGGAUGUCAACGAGAAGACUAGACUACGGUACCGAUACUUAGACAUUCGAGGAGACAAGAUGCAGAAGUCGUUGAGAGUUCGAUCUACACUAGUCCAUGAGAUGCGUAGAUUCUUAAUUGAGCAAAGACAUUUUGUAGAUGUUGAAACACCAACCCUGUUCAGACGAACUCCCGGCGGAGCUGCAGAGUUUUUGGUCCCUUCCUCAGCCCCCAACCUGGGUCUUUGCUAUUCAUUACCUCAAAGUCCUCAACAAUUCAAACAACUUUUAAUGGUGGGAGGAAUCGACAGAUAUUUUCAGAUUGCACGAUGUUAUCGUGACGAAGGCUCCAAAGGAGACAGACAACCUGAAUUUACACAGGUUGACUUGGAGUUAUCUUUUACAAAUCAGGAAGAAGUUAUGCGUCUAGUUGAAGAUCUCAUCUGUAGUUCUUGGCCGGAACAUUUGAAAGACUUACAGCCAACAGGGCCUUUCCCACAUUUGUCAUAUGAAGACGCUAUGAAACUGUAUGGAAGUGAUAAACCAGAUAUGAGAAUACCUUGGAAGAUACAAGAUGCUACUUCACAACUAGGCUUUCUCAAGGGGGAGAAGGGUGGCUUGAACUGGAGAGCAAAAUUGAUUGUUUGCAAAGAUCACAAGAAAGUUCUGUCUGGAUCAUUCCGCAAGGAAGCUAAACGACUUCUAGAAGUCAAUGACAAGUGUUCGGCCUUCGAUAUGUAUUCGACAGAUAAAAAACAGUGGUUCAAGCAAAUCAAUAACGAGAACAUAAUGGAGGACUUCGAUAUAGGAACCGAUGAUCUAGUCAUUUUCGCAUGGGGAGAAGAAGAAAAUGUAGGAUGGACCUUAGGUCAACUUCGCAACUACGUAGCCGAGAAAUCAGGUCUUCGAAAAGCGCGGAAGAUAACUUUCCAUUGGAUAGUGGACUUUCCUUUGUUUACGGUUGAAAAUGAAAAACUAGUCAGUACACAUCAUCCAUUUACGGCACCAAUUCCCGAACAUGAACUGAUGUUAAAUGAGUCAGAAAAUAGAAAUUCAAUUAAAGGGCAGCAUUAUGAUCUCGUAAUAAAUGGUGUAGAGAUGGGUGGUGGUUCGAUACGAAUUCAUGAUCCUAAGCAACAAGAGCUAGUUCUCGAUAUUCUGGGUGAAAAGAGUUCUGAAAUGGCUCAUUUAUUGAAAGCUCUAUCAUAUGGCGCACCCCCACAUGGAGGAUUCGCUCUGGGACUAGACCGUUAUGUUGCAUUCCUUGUUGGUGAGGGUGAUCCGACUGUACCUGUUAGAGAGGUGAUAGCUUUCCCCAAAACAAAGGAAGGUAAAGACUUGAUGAGUCUGGCACCAGCUCCUCCAUCAGAGGCAGACUGUAACCGAUACGGAUUUAGAAUGUUUAAAGAAUGA